GCCACACUGUCCAGGCACACAAAAUCAUUUCAUUUUUGAUAUAUUUCCUCGUCGUCUUAAAGGUUAAUGAGCCUGAAAUGAGGGAUACAAAGACUAGAGAGAAAGGAUCUCGUCGUACUGUAUUCUUAGCAACGUUUAUUCCAAUCACAAUUGUGGUAAUUUUUCUCGUUUUAUGGAGACCGAUGUUGCUUCCAUAUUUCUUCCGAUACGCGAAGUUGACAAUUUCUGAAUAUGUCAAUGACAAACAGAGGUUUUUGGACAACGAACUAGAGGCUGCACUCAAAGAAUGGAGAAUGUAUCAACUGGAACGGCAAUUUGGACAAGAAUGGUGCAAAAGGAACGUUAAACCAAGAAGCGACGUAACAUGGCUAACUGCGAUGGUUAAUGACGAUUUCGCCAUUCCUGCAUUGGUUUUAGGUCACUCCAUCCGCACUUUUUCCUGUCAACAAAACAUGAUAGCGUUUGUUUCAAACAAGGUGAGUGCAGGUGCACGAAAAGCCCUCAAGAGAGUUGGCUGGGACACUCGUUUGGUGGAAGGAAUGGACUGUGACUGGCUUGAUGCAAGAUUGGGCAGUAAGCAAGAUACUGGAUUUUUUGCCAGACCAGGAGGAAACAGAAUCAAGGGAACACAUACUCGCUUCCACGCUUGGAAUUACACUGAAUUUUCUAAAAUUAUUUAUGUAGAUGCUGAUUAUAUGCUGACAACAAACAUAGACAAAUUGUUUGAUAUCCCAGAUGACUUUGCUGCUGCUCCUGGCUCAAGACCAGGGGUUCUGGAUCCAUGUUUCAAUGCAGGGCUUCUUGUGUUUAGACCAGACACCAAAUUUUAUCAGGAAAUCAUGGACUUGUGGUGGGAAACAACAAAAAAAGACACUUGUCCAAACGAUCAGGUGUUGUUAUGGCAUUACUACGCUGAUGCUGGUAACUGGAAAGCUCUCCCUUAUGCCUUCAACAUCAGACGCAUAAUUUACAGGCCCCUUAAUUCAUUCCAUUUUGCUUGCUGUGUUCCUCCCAAACCAUGGUCUGCAAAGUGUAGACCAAGUAGAAAAGAAGCAGAAGCAUAUAAUGGGCCGAUUUUGGUCCCUGAUGACAUGUCAUUAGUGUUUUGGAAGAAUCUUUACGAAUUGUUGAAGAUAAACAAUUUAGAUGAGUGGUGGAGAACAACAAAGUUCUUCCGAGCAUCUGAAGAAUUUAGUGCUGUGACUUUCUCUGACUGCCGGAAACAAGAGUCAUAAAUACUUUACAGAUUACACUGCUACAUUUACUGUUGUUUCAAAAUCUGGUUUAGUGGUAUGCAAAAAGGGAUCAUAUAUGUUCCAUGGCUAUUCUUUUACAUAUAGAUUGUUGAUUGUUCAACUGUGUACUGCAUAUCAUGAAGCCUCCACCUAAGAAAUCUUCCAUUCAUGCAAAUAAUUUUUAUUGCAUGUUACGGACCUUGUAUCUAGCACCUUGGGUGCAUUCUUGUCAUCGUAUUUUAUUUUCUACCACUAACAGAACUCCUGUUCAAUUAUCAGCAUAUUGUAUUCCUCAUUUUCAGAGUUGUUUUUCCUUAAGAAACAGAAAAAAUUGUUCUGGGUAGUUAUAUUUAUUACAAAUUUAAUGUAAAUGAUAUUUAUAUCAUGGUCAGUUCCCUAUUCAGAUGUUUUUCUCAGUUUUUCCAAAAGUUGUUUAUCUCUAUCAACAGCUCUUCAAGUUGUGAGAAAUAGAGAAAAAUGUUGGGACAUUUUGCCUUGAAAUUUGUUGAUCUAGCAACCUGUGUUUGACUUUUAUGUAACAAGUUGCAACUUUUGGCUCUUACUUGGUGUAGAAGAUGCAGUAUACAUCACAAUAGAAUUUCAUCACAACUGGGAACAAGAAAACAAUGAAAAAAAUAAUGUGACGUUUACUGUGUCUUCUACACCAAUUAAGAGCCCAACUUUUGUAAAACUUACUUUUAUGGUCUGAAGUGAAAGUGAUAGAAGCAUUUUCAUAAAUUUUUUUAAACCUU